AUGUUUGAAAUGGUUCUAGUUAUCGUCCCAAUCAAGUUUCAGAGCGUUACAGUUUUCCGAAAUGUGUUUUUCCAAUUUUUUUCUAUCAUUUUCGUACUAAGGGUAGUUUUUAACACACUCCGACGGCAGGUAAGGGGAUUUCCUUUGGAGGGAAUGUUUGAAAUGGUUCCAGUUAUCGUCUCAAUCAAGUUUCAGAGCGUUACAGUUUUCCGAAAUGUGUUUUUCCAAUUUUUUUCCAUUAUUUUCGUACUAAGGGUAGUUUUUAACACACUCCGACGGCAGGUAAGGGGAUUUCCUUUGGUGGGAAUGUUUGAAAUGGUUCUAGUUAUCGUCUCAAUCAAGUUUCAGAGCGUUACAGUUUUCCGAAAUGUGUUUUUCCAAUUUUUUCUAACAUUUUCGCACUAAGGGUAGUUUUUAACAUACUCCGACGGCAGGUAAGGGGAUUUCCUUCGGAGGGAAUGUUUGAAAUGGUUCUAGUUAUCGUCUCAAUCAAGUUUCAGAGCGUUACAGUUUUCCGAAAUGUGUUUUUCCAAUUUUUUCUAACAUUUUCGCACUAAGGGUAGUUUUUAACACACUCCGACGGCAGGUAAGGGGAUUUCCUUUGGAGGGAAUGUUUGAAAUGGUUCUAGUUAUCGUCUCAAUCAAGUUUCAGAGCGUUACAGUUUUCCGAAAUGUGUUUUUCCAAUUUUUUUCUAUCAUUUUCGCACUAAGGGUAGUUUUUAACACACUCCGACGGCAGGUAAGGGGAUUUCCUUUGGAGGGAAUGUUUGAAAUGGUUCUAGUUAUCGUCUCAAUCAAGUUUCAGAGCGUUACAGUUUUCCGAAAUGUGUUUUUCCAAUUUUUUUCUAACAUUUUCGCACUAAGGGUAGUUUUUAACACACUCCGACGGCAGGUAAGGGGAUUUCCUUUGGAGGGAAUGUUUGAAAUGGUUCUAGUUAUCGUCCCAAUCAAGUUUCAGAGCGUUACAGUUUUCCAAAAUGUAUUUUUCCAAUUUUUUUCUAUCAUUUUCGCACUAAGGGUAGUUUUUAACACACUCCGACGGCAGGUAAGGGGAUUUCCUUUGGAGGGAAUGUUUGAAAUGGUUCUAGUUAUCGUGUCAAUCAAGUUUCAGAGCGUUACAGUUUUCCGAAAUGUGUUUUUCCAAUUUUUUUCUAUCAUUUUCGCACUAAGGGUAGUUUUUAACACACUCCGACGGCAGGUAAGGGGAUUUCCUUUGGAGGGAAUGUUUGAAAUGGUUCUAGUUAUCGUCUCAAUCAAGUUUCAGAGCGUUACAGUUUUCCGAAAUGUGUUUUUCCAAUUUUUUUCUAUCAUUUUCGCACUAAGGGUAGUUUUUAACACACUCUGACGGCAGGUAAGGGGAUUUCCUUUGGAGGGAAUGUUUGAAAUGGUUCUAGUUAUCGUCUCAAUCAAGUUUCAGAGCGUUACAGUUUUCCGAAAUGUGUUUUUCCAAUUUUUUUUUAUCAUUUUCGCACUAAGGGUAGUUUUUAACACACUCCGACGGCAGGUAAGGGGAUUUCCUUUGGAGGGAAUGUUUGAAAUGGUUCUAGUUAUCGUUUCAAUCAAGUUUCAGAGCGUUACAGUUUUCCGAAAUGUGUUUUUUCCAAUUUUUUUCUAUUUUUUUCGUACUUAGGGUAGUUUUUGACACACUCCGACGGCAGAUAAGGGGUUGUCCUUUGGUGGAAAUGUUAGAAAUGGUUCUGAUGAUCGUCCCACUGGGUUUGAUGGUGUUAUAUUUUUCCGAAAUGUGCUUUUCCAAUUAUUUUAAUAAUAAGGGUUGAUCCCAGCCUGACGGCAAUAAGGGGUUGUUCUCCGAACUAGACGUACUUGAGGGCUAUGUUAAAGACUAUUCUUAAUUUCAUGGUGUUACAUUUUAUUUUAAAAAAGUUGUUUAGUAGAUAUUAUUGUUCUACUUGAUGUUUUAUUAGGGGUAGUUUUUUUUUUGUUAUUCUGUUGUACUUUGCACGAGGGUAUAUAAUAAUAAUGUACACAAAAUUUGUAAAUCAACCACUUUAAAAAAAAAAAAGAGCUGCCAAAAAAUGGCUGCUAACUUCACAAUUUUGGCUGCUAACUUCACAUUUUUGGCUGCUGCAAAAAGGCUGCUAACUUCACACCGGUAUUUAAUAAACACUUUACACGUUCUGCUGUUUGCUCGGCCAUUUGUAUGCCUGUCUGAGAAGAGUUUAAUAAUUGAUUAAAAGUAUAACUACAUUCAUUACUUGUAUCAGUAUCACUAGAAUCUUGAUUUCUUUUUCUUUUGGCAAGUUUUUCAGCACCCAUGGAAUCUAUUUUUUGGCUCGGUUUAUGGAUCACUAUAGAAGAGGGCAAAUUCUGGGAUGGUACAACUGUUUUUUUCAAUAUCCGACCUCUACCUGUACCUCUAAGGGUGGGUAUUAUAAAACUACUUUGAGAGUUAACUUAAAGUUAACUUCUGGAAUUACAUGUAAUUCAAAAAGUUAACUUUAAGUUAACUGUCAAAGCAGUUUUAUAAUACCCGCCCUAAGACCUGUACUCUCACCUGUAAAUAAUAAAAACAGUCAAUAUUUUCAAACAAAACAUUUUAAAAAUAGAUAGUACUUGAUAAAUGCCUAGAAGCAGGCCUAAAAUGAAGCUAGGGCACAAAACUAUCCAUUAUGCUUGUUUACCUUAACACAAAAUUCUUGCUUAAUUGAGAUGCAGAGAAUACACUUUCAUGAAUUUGGUGACUGGUUUGCCAAUACGAAGUUUUAAAAUCCAGAAGGCUUUUCUUCUCGACACUUCUUUUUCCAUUUUCGUUUCCAAAUAAACCCGUGGGCCUGUUUCAAGGGGAAAUAUGUAGAAACUCAAUCCUUUGUCAGCUUUUUUUUUUAGCCCAAGACUUGCAUUGAGGAACACAACAGUAAUGAUUAAAAGUCAUGAUUAUAUGUAUCUGAUAUAAUUUUAUAAUUUUAGACUUUAAUUAUACUAGAAACUAGUUCCAUAAUUUCCAGCCAGCAGCCAGAUCAUAACAUAACCUGUGGUGCAAACAGCCUACGUCAAGACGAAAAAUGCCAUGAUGUUUACGUCACAACUGAUUUUUUGGCUAGGCGGGGUAGGGGGGGAUUUGUUACACACAGGCCUUAUGAGGAUAAGCCAUCCUUAGUAGUGUGUAUCAUCCUUGGUAUAAGAGUGCCAGAAAUUUCAAUAAACGAACGCGAAUGAGCCUGCACUGACUUCACUUUUCAAAUAAAUGAAUGGUAAAUAGACCUAUCUAUUUUUACCUGGUAUGCGCGCGCAACACGAGGCAAUGGCUUUUUA